AUGGCGGAUGGAUUGGAGGAAAAAGAUGAUACGUACAGCAGUGAAAAUGAGGAGAAUAUAGGGGGACAACUGUUCUGGAAACUGUUUAUUCAAGACAUCAAAGCAUUUAAGAAUCUGUUCUUAAAUUUACCACAACCGUUUGAUUUGGAUUUUGAAAUUAACUGUGAGAGAGACGAAAACUGCUUAGUGCUUUUAUCAUGCACAAAACCAGUAGAGUUUCUAAAGAUAAUAGCGGAGAACGGAGCAGAUUUGUUCGUCGCGACUCCUUCGAAGAAAAACGCUUUGCACAUCGCCUGUGAAUACGGACGACUUGAUGUUGUAAAAUUUCUUUGUGAAAAUAUUGACCAAACCCCAUUUUUCCUCUCGGAAACUAUUGAUGGGCACGGUGUUCUACAUUUUGCAUUACGUGCGGAGCAGAAUCGAGAAGAAAUCAUAAAGCAUCUACAACUGAAAGGGAAAUUAGACGUUAAUCAAAUACUUUCAAGCGGAUCCACAGAGUUAAUAGAAACAAUAUUACAACGAGAUUUUGAGUCAGCCAAGGUUCUCUGCGAUCAUGGAGCUGAUCCAAAUGUUGGAAUAUCUGGUUCAUAUAGGGCCAUUCAUAUUGCAUGCCAACAGCCAGAAAAUGCUAAAAUGAUACAAUUGCUACUAGAUCACGGGGCUGACAAAGACGAAUUAUGGCGCCAUGGGCAACGCCCCAUCCAUUUGGCGAUCAAGCAUAGACUUGUAGAAAAUGUCUCAAUUUUGUUGAAUUCUGGAUCACAAUUUGAAGGGCGAAUUAAACUACACAACAAGAUAUAUAGAAAAAUGUCCUGCAUUUGUUUGAUGGCAUGGAAAUGUCCAACUCUCGUUCCAUUCCUUUUGCAGAGGGGGGCAAACCCUAAUGAUAUCCAUAUCCCAACUGGAUCCUCUGUUUUGGGGUUUGUACUUGAAAACAACGGCGGUAAGGAAUUGGUAGAUACAAUCAUCAAGUCCGGUGCAAAUCCCACUGCUAGUCAUCGUGGAAAAUCUCUGGUUAGAUACCUUCAAAAUUUGGAUCAAACUUUGGUUUUCAUAGACCAUGGAGUUUCGUUGGAUUCAAUCGAGAACGCAAUUGGAUCUUUGUUGAGGUUAGCUAUAUCAGAGAGGUGUGUUGAAAAUGAAGAAUUGAUGGAGAAAAAUAUCAAAUAUCUUCUUUCAAAUGGGGCAAAACUUCAUUACACUCAGCCCUUCAAGGAGUCUGAACUAAUUAUGGCCAUAAAGCGUAGGUUUUUCAGCAUCGCCGACAUUUUCAUUACAGCAGGAGCAAAUUUAAAACAUUUAGGUGAAAACGGAAACAGCGUUCUACAUGUAAUAUGCAAAGAAAAUCAGAGGUGGUCGAAAGAAGAAAAAGACAAUAUCUGUCGACACAUUAUUGAAAAAAUACGAGAAGCAGGUGCAGAUUUUAAUACACGAAAUGAAGAUGGAAUGACACCAUUAUUAUGCCAUCUGUUUUCAUCAUCAACACCUGAUGAGUUAAUCUUGGAACGUCUUAUUUCCAAUGGAGCCGACAUGUAUGCUGUGUACCCUUCGACCAAGAAGUCUAUUUUACUUUAUGUUAUUGAAAACUGUUCAAUUGAAGUUCUUGACGCUGUGUUAAGAGCAAAAUACAAUGUCAACAAGCCCGAAAGCAACGGCGAAGCACCCAUAUUCUCCUGUCUGCCACUAGAUACAACAAGGAAAAAGCAGUCAUUAAAAAAACUUUUGGAAGCGGGUGCAUCUCUGAACGCUCGAGAUUCUUCAGGAGAGUCUUUGAUUGAACAUGUACUCCUUUUGAAACAAAGUCGUAUGCGUUAUAUGAAUUUCUUUGGUGGCAUCACUGAAGUCAAAGAAAACUUGUCCUUACUUGUAAAGCAUGGUGCAGAUGUCAAUAUUGUUGGGAAAAAUGGAAACACACUUCUCCUUAUAGCAAUGAAUGAAGAAUUGUUUCAAGUGGCAGAUCAUUUAAUAGAUUUAGGAGCAAAUGUGAACUACAUGGGACCUAACAAUGUGACUACAUUUGAAUGUUGUUUUGCUGCUGUACAGGAGGAACUAGAAAAAAACAGAUAUGAUGAAAUUACAGAAAUAUAUCAACCAUGUGUAUCCACGAUGUUCAAAAUUAUUAAUGCUGGAUUCUGUCUUGACAAAGUUCUUCCAAACGGAUUGUUUCCUCUUGAGAUGAUAUGCCGCUAUCAGCGUACAGAUACUUUGAUUUUGAAGAUCUUGCAAAGAGUGGAAAAAACAUACAUAUGCUCAAAAAAGGGACAGGAAGUCCUAUAUUCCCUGUUGGAGAGACAUCCAUCGCUUAUUAAUGUUUUCAUUGAAAUAAGUGCACCCGUUGUCUCAAUGGAAAAUCGUGAUCGAUUAGCAUUUGAUGAAUUCACUGAAUUCAUUUACUUUGAUGAAAGUUGCGAUUGCCAAAUAGAUGAUUCCUUUUUGAAUUUCGAUAUGCAUGGUUUCAAAUCCUCUUGGUUACUUACAUUUCGUUCGAAAAUGGCAAAAAGAAAGGCAAUGCCGACUCUCUGUCCGUUUAGAGGUCCAUAUCAAGUUAGUCUGGAAAACACGCACUGUCAAUUCGCUAAAAUAUUUGAAGAACUGCCACAAUGCAAGCUCUUAGACUCGUACAAUGGUGUACAAUUAGAGUUUCAGGAUGAAAAAUCAAUGUUUGAUGCUCUGGAUAUGAACGAGCUGGUGCUGAAAAACAGCAAAGUAUAUGUAAAGUACCUUGACAAGAAGUGUAAUGAAGAAGUGGAGAACAAUUAUUGUCCAACGGCAUACAAAAGGAUGUUUUACCACGGGCCUCUUUCAACUGAAAGUCGGGGUAACCAGCAGCUACCUUCAAACGUCAUGCAUGAAUGUUGUGAGGCAGUUAAAAAUUUGAUAGCAUUUGAACGCAUUCCACUGAAUAAAAUGCUGUCUUGGGGACUUUAUCCAAUAUGUGUCGCAGUGAAGCUCAGAAGUCCACUGCUUGUUAAAUUCAUGUUAGAUCAAGGAGCCGAUCCAAACAUUAUGGAAUCUUGGGAUGAAACACCAUUAUCAUUGGCAACAAUUCAUGGAAAUCAAGAGAUAAUUCAGCUUUUGAUAAGUGCAAAAGCAAAUGUCAACCAUUUUGGAACUAUAUUAAGUACAUUCGACUCUCCACGACAGUCACUACUUAGCAGAAGUCUAAAAUACUGGCAUUUGGUAGAAAAUAAAACCGUUUCAAAUUUGGAGGAAAAAACGACCAUGUUUGAAACUGUCAGUCUCCUUGUGGAAAACGGAGCAUCUGUGAAUGGAGAUACGGAUAAUGUAGAUUCGUGUUUAAUAGAAGCCGUACGAUUACAGGACUUGAGUAUUGUAAAGUAUUUGCUCAAUAGUGGGGCAAAUGUCAACCACAAAGGAAUACAGGCCAUGACUGCGCUACAUGUCAUAUUUAUGCAACACUCUAAAAGUUGUACAUAUGAAACUAUGGUGGAUGUUCUAUUGGCGAGAGGUGCAUCCGUCAACAUCAAAUCCGAGAAUGGAGAAACUCCUGUACACGUUGCCCUUAGACGGGAAUUGUUCUCUGACGUCCCAAAAUUGAUUACUUUAGAUUUUGAUCCAAACAUAACGGAUAAUAAAGGAGUAUCGUAUUUAAUGCUGGCCGCACGAUUUGGAGCAGAAAAGUUAGUUGAAGCAUUUCUCGAUAUUGGAGUAGACUGUUCUCUACUGGACACAAAAGGAAACAGUGCUCUUCAUUAUGCAUGCUUUCAAAAGUGUGAGUUCUCCAUAUUGGACAUGCUUUUAGAACAUGGCUGCCAAAUUAACUCGCAGAACAUUGAAGGGAUUACACCACUUUUCUUAGUUUUAUCACAAUUUAAAUCCGACGAGACAGAGAGAUGUGAUGCACUUCCUAUGAAUUCCUCAGAUCUUAAUUAUAUGGAAUGCUGCCAUACACCAGUUGCAAGUGAUGAUGAAGAUGACUGUUACCUUUCAAACCCAAGAUCAUUUACAAUGAAUUGGGAAUCUGAUGAUAGAGAAGACCCAGAUUUAAAGAUGGAACAAAUAGUAGAUUAUAUACUAAAGAAAGGUGCAGACGUCAAUGUUAUAACGAAAAAAGGAUUGUCACCUCUCGCAGUUUUGGUAGGAGGAAGAAAGGGAGAAAUCACAUUGAAAAUAUUAUCAAAACUACUGAGCUGCAACGCUGAUCCAAAUAUAGGAGAUAAUCCCCCGCUUUGUUUUGCAACUGCCACAUUGAAUAUUCCCUUAAUAACAAAACUGUUAGAAGCUGGUGCUGAUGUGAACAAACUUAACAGAAAUGGUGAAUCAUCCAUAUGUUGCUGUAUAAAAACAUUGCAACUUGAUGAUUUGAAAAUACUAGCAACUGUGAACAAACUGAUUGAAAAUGGUGCAGCUAUCAAUUCACAGAAUGGGAUAGACUCGCCCCUCCACAUUGCUGUUUCUAAGAGAUUACAGAAGACGACUGAGUUGUUAGUGAAGAAAGGGGCAAAUGUCAAUCACGUAGGAAGAGGAAAUGCUACGCCAAUACUUUCGUACACGUGUCCGGAAAAAUAUUACAUCGGAUUUCCUAACAUGGCUGAUCAACUCUUUUGGAAUCAUCCAUCUUCAGAUAAUGUAUUAACUAUUCUUCUGUCUAACAAUUCAAAUCCAAACGUGGAGAAUGAGGAAGGUGAUAGUCCACUAAAUAUUGCAUUAGCAGAAAAUGCAAGUGUCAUAGAAGUACAGUGUUUGAUAAGAGCUGGUGCAGAUCCUCAUCACAGAGGAAAAGAUGGUUUAAAUGCCUAUCAACAAGCAAUAUCAAAAGAUUUGUCGUAUCUGGACGUAUUGUACCAGGAAUGUAAGAUGAUUCAAAUAACGAACGAUGACUUUUGUAUGUUUUGGGAGAAAGCUAUCGAGUGGAGUAACAAAGAGCACAUACACAAACAAAUGGAGAGUUAUAAAGCUUUUGUACGGGUGUCAUUCAAGAUAUUCAAUUGCAAGGAAGGGUGUGACGUGAAUAUAACCGAUGAGAAAGGAAAUACCCCACUCAUUAUUUACAGCAUAUUGAACGAAAGUUCUGUUAUAAAAUGUUUACUAGACAAUGGAGCAAAUGUUAAUCACGUGGGCCACAAGGGAUGGAAUGCCCUCCAUGCUUUGUUCUCAAGCUUGGAUGCUGAUUCAAAAAAUGAGGCCCUUCAACUACUUUCGAAGCACGGUGGGGACUUUUUAAUUAAGGAUGAAACCGGAGAAUCGGUCAUUGAGAAGGCACAACAGAAUUAUUUGCAGACGUCACAUCAUGAGAAGCAUCAAGUUUCAAGGGAAUUUCUCAUUUGCUUCUUUAAUACUGUUAAGCAAAUAGAAAAUAUGGAUACAUUGAUACUUGAAGCUGCUAACCAGGGCGAUAUUCCUCUUGUCAAUCAAUUGAUUCACAUUGGAGUAGACUGUAAAGUAAAAUCCAUUGACGGUGUUGGAGUUUUACACCUGUGCUUGAAAAAGGAAUAUGGACCACAAUAUACUCUGAAACAACUUUUGGACUGUGUCAUUACAUAUAGAGACAAUGGAGGGUCAUUCACAGAAUUGGACCGAAAUGAAAAUACACUUCUUAUGUUACUCUUAUCUUCCCGAUUUGAAUUAUCUUUGAACGACGAAAGGAAAAAUUUGAAUAUGUUGUUAGAUAUGCUAACAACCAACAGAAAAAUUGUACAUAGAAAAAACUCUGCUGGGCUUACACCGAUUAUGAAAGCAGCGUCCAUAAAAGUUUUUCAAUGCAUCAAAAAAUUGUGGGAAAGGGGUGCAAAAAUUAACGCCAAAAAUGAAGAGGGAGAUUCGCCUUUGCAUUUUUGUUUUUCAGAAAAUCAAAAAGAAGGCAAUGUUUUAGAAAUAGUGGAGUUUCUUCUCGACAAAGGCGCAGAAGCGAACUCAAUAAAUGGAUACUACGAAACUCCUCUUUCUUUAGCGAUGGACAGAAUUAAGGAUGAUGUAGAUCGUUUGGACGUUGUUAAAGUUUUACUUCGAAGUGGGGCAAACCCAAACCUGGGAAAAGGCAGAACUCUACCAAUUGUGAAAGCUGUGACACAUUACGAUGUUUCCACUACAACUCUACUAUUACAACAUGGCGCUAAAACUGAAUAUCAACAUAACAACAAAACCUAUUUUGUUUUAUACGAUUUGUUUUGCCCAAAAUACUAUCAUUCCAUCAACAAAAUUGCAACAAGUUUUGUUCAAAUCAUGGUUCUUUUAAAUGAGAGGAAAAACAAUAUCAACAAAGCAAUCAAUGGUAAAAAACCCAUGUUGCAUUUAGCUGUUAACUCUCUAUAUCCACCAGAGACAAGAUCAGAUGUUGUUUCAGUUAUGAUUGAUAUGGGAGCUGAUGUGAAUGCAGUUGAUGAGGAAGGGAACACAUCACUUGCUAGUCUCUUGUCAGCAAACGGGUAUAUUGAUGAAAAUGCAAUGGACCUUUGUGUAUUUCUUCUGGAAAACGGGGCAAAUCCCAAUCAAGGUUGCAUUUUAUCCAAAGUGUUAAAACACAGCUUAACCUAUUCAUAUGACAAAGUGCACUAUUUGAUAGAAAAAUGUCUAAUAUGUGGGGCAAAUCUGGAUGUGUAUGAUAAUACUCCAAAUUUAAUGCUAGCAAUAGCAUCGAAGGACAUAAACCUAAUGAAAAAAAUGAUAGAAGGAGGAGCAAACGUCAAUGCUCAGGAUACAGAAGGAAACACCUCUUUACAUUUUGCUUUAUCUACAGAUUUUGAAGAUUUUGAGUGUCAGAAAGCCAUAAUAACUCUGUUGCUGUCCAGUCAAAUUUGUCUCAACACAAGGCACCAAUGCCAGAAAACUUUGCUGACAUUACUGACUGAGAAAUUGGUUAACCAGAGCAAAAAAGGACAUGUUACAGACGGUAACAUAAAUGUGGACCUGUCGCUCUUCAACUUAUUGAUUUGCAGUGGAAUUGAAUUAAAUUCAGGUGGAAACCUCAGUGACACAUGCCCGUCGCCAUUAGUUGCUUUGAUUAAAGCUGGCCUCUUUAAAGCCGCAACAUCGCUAAUAACUUGCGGAUACCAAUUACACAAAGAUGUUCAAUUUGAAAAUUUUGACUUGUCUUUGAAUAAUUCGGCAAGUUAUGUUUGCGGAGGAGUAGAAUAUCAGCGUGUAAACUACGAGGAUGACUUAAAGCUGUUGCAGACUGCUAUACAUAGCUUCGAUGGAAUACCACCUUUAGCAUAUAUAUGCAGGAUAAAGAUCAGAGAAAAACUACUUUUUUGUACCAGAGGUGCAGAAAUUGAAUCAAAGAUAAAGUCACUUCCUUUACCAAUAACACUGAGAGCAUUCUUAUCUUGCAGGGAUGACACGUUUGAAAAAGAUACUAUCCACAUUUUGGAGAGAACUGAAAACGAUAGUGACGUACUUGAAGAAGAUUCCGAUGAUGAUUAUGAGGACAACGAUAUCUUUUAUUAUAACGACGAUUCAAUGGAUAUUUUAUAUGACAGUUACUAUUGGUAAAAAUGCAAUUCAGUGGAUGCCAAGAAUGUAAGGUCAAAAAAUGAUCGACGAUUUUGUCGAAGACCGUAAACGUUUAUGUAGUAUAUUUUUUUGAAUUAAAAGGAUUGCGGAUUGGAACGCAAUGUAGUUUUGUUAAGUGAAACUAACAGAAUUUUAUUCUUGGCACGGUUGUUUCUCUUUGCUUCAUUCAGAUUUGCAUUAAAUAUUGAUAUGAAUUGAAAAAUAAAUUGAAUAUAACAAAUAAUUCAUUAAUAAUGCAUCAACAAAUUCUUGAAAUGGUCUAAGAGUGAAGAACUGAAGGGAAAAAAACAAUGCUUUGUGGUUUAUUUUACAUGACGAUUUUUAAAACGUAAAUGGCAUUGUGGUCAUUUUUUAGCUCACCUGAGCUGAAAGCUCAAGUGGGCUAUUCUGAUCACAUUUUGUCCGUCGUCCGUCCGUCCGUCUGUCCGUCGGUAAACUUUUUACAUUUUGAACUUCUUCUCUAAAACCGCUUAUCCAAUUUCAACCAAAUUUGGCACAAAGCAUCCUCAUUGGAGGGCGAAUAAAAAUUGCAAAAAUAAAAGUCCGAUCUGUAUUCAAAGCGGAGAAAACCUUGAAACUGUAGAAAACAGGGGGUGCAUUUUUAAAAAUCUUCUUCUCAAGAACUACUGAUUCCAAUUCAACGUAGUCUAGCAUAAAUUAUCCUAAUGGGAAGGAAAAUAUAAAUUGCAAAAAUUAUGGCCUAAUUCUGUUUCAAAUCUGAGUUAUUACGAAAAUAAUAAUAAAGGAAAGGCGUGUUUCAAUCAGAUUAAUAGCUUUGGGUUCGGCAUCCGGUAAAAUGGGUAGGCAAGACUUGGCCUGAGCAAAACAAAGAUUGGCAGUUAUUAAUCUGCCAAUCUCAUUAAAAUUUCAGGAUAUUUGAUGGACCAGUAUAUUUGUAUUCGCUGUAAAUAUUGCUGCAAAAUAAUGCGUAUUUGGAAUUGACGAUUGUCGAUAUGCCUUGGCUUUAAUUUUGCCACGGCCCGGGUUUGCAUACCCAUUUUACCAAGACUCGUAUUACAUACUUCUAAAACGAGGUUCUUUGUUUAAAGCAGCCAUGGCAUUAUACGCAAAAGGGUCGAUCUGACUAUGAUGAAUUUGCUUGUUGUGCAACAGUUCGCGUAUGAAGGGAAAUUUUUGAAACAUGCAAAAUAUAUUGUUGCCGAUUUUGUGAAGUAAAUUGUGGCUAAAUAUUUCAAUGCGUUGACAGUUUUCACACAUUUCGUUACGUUUUCAUUAUUUAUGCUUUGUAACCUGGGAACUAUCGUCUGUAUUUUGUGAUUUUUACGUAUCAAAUCAAACAGAGACUUCGGUAAAUCAAACAGUUAACUGUUUACCUGCGCAAAUUAAGCAACAUCUGAUGUAUGAAGAAAGAACUUAAAUGCAAUUUAUUCAGGCUAUCGGUAAUUCGGUAUCAUCUUUUGCGUAAUGGUAGAAUAAUGCAAUAUGUUUUGUUGAGAUGCUCGGCAUUUUCUCGAGUUUAUUCAGUUUAAAUAGAGUUUAAUAUCGCUGACGGAAAUAUGUAGGUUUAUACUUGUAUAUGAUUCAUUUUGAAAAAUAAAUUGUGGUCUUUAUUUGUUAUAGUGAAUGUUUAUUGUGUUUAAUUGUUUUCAAUUUCUAUUUACUAACCAUAUUUGAGUGUUAAGCUUCAAAUUAUAAGCAAGAUACAGAGAUUUGCUCACAAUUCUAUGUUUGUACACAGAUCUUAAAAACUAAAGAUUAAAAAAGUAAAAAAAAAUUGUCAAUAUUUAUUAAGAAAAUUUUCAAAGUCUGUUCUUCCAGAAACAAACUUUAACAUCUUAUUGUAUUGUAAACUUAACCUUUUUUCGUCAUUAUUACUCCUACUGUACGUGUGAUCUUUCACUGUGUUUGUGUACAUUUGUAUAAACUGAUUUUGAACCUCGAAUACCAGUGAACUGGUCUUGAGUGAAUAAAAGAAUUGAAAAUCUUAGGCCAUUCUUUUUUCCAUUUUAAAUGCUGAAUAGGAAAUACCAAGUUCAAAAUCAUAAGCUGAAUGUAAUAAACUCAUGCGAACAAAAUAUGACUCAAACCUAUGCGAACUGUGAGCUCUGUAUCUUGCUUAUAAUUCUACGAUUGACGCUGAAAUUUUGGUUGAACAUUAGAAAUUGUCUAUGAAUUAGAGUAUGUUAAAUACUUGUACAAACAAAAUAAAAGAAUGAUAUUCUGUGUAUACCUACUCUCUGGAGCCCCCUCUUUAUACAAUAAAUAAUGUGAAAUCUACAUCAAUUUUGAUAGUUUUUCAGACACGAGUAAAUAAAAACGACAUCUUUAAAACAGUUUCCAUAGUUCUGACACAUUUCUGUUUCGGGGAUAAAGUAAUUAUCGCUAUUCCUAAGAAUAUCACAGCGGAAAAUUAUCCUGGUGUGUACGCGAAGUAAAUAACAGUCAUUUAAUUAUAAUGGAGAAGACAAAUAACAUUUUUGAAUGUUUUUAAUUUAAGGAAUUGAGCACAUUGAGGUACAAUUUUCUUCUUCACACCUAUACAUGUAGGAUUUUUUAAAUAAAAAACAAUAACUAUUAUAUUUUUUUUAAAAAUACAAUAACUAGUAAGUAGUUGAUAAAAAAAAAUGUACCUAUAUGCUCUCAUAUAUUUUGAUCGCUUUACAAAGUGGGGGGGGGGGGAACGAAAAUAUAGGGAAUUGGAAUUUAAUAAAUUAACAGUGUACCCCUACCAAAUGUUUGGUUUUAUAUUUUGCGAAGGAUUUUCUUAUUCUGGUAAAAAAAAUUGUAUUUCAUGAAGGUACAAUGUCAAAGAUUACGUGUAACUAUGCAAAAAUAAGUGUAAAAUUCGAAUAAUUUACAAUAUUUAUUUUUUAUUAUUCUAGCGAGGGACCAUAUGGCACAAUAUCUUUUGAACGCCCAUUGUUGUUCAGGUGAGCGAAGUGGUCCCAUGGGCCUCUUGUUUUAUUUUUCAAUUGAAUUUGACUGGUAGCUUGUGUCGGUAGAUACACAGCCUUGUGCACACAAAGCUGUUUUAUUGGAUUUUUUUCGUAAUGCAACACGAAUUUUAUUGUAGUAAAUAUUUUUCUGAAUAAAACCUAUCUAUUAUCAUUUUCUCUAGACAACCAAAGUACAAGGAUGGAGUUGUCGUUUGUUUGUAUUUAGACUUACCCAGUUUUUACAUUAUCCCGUUGUUUUUAUAUUCAUAUAACAAUUCUCAUAACACCUUUAAAGUAUACAAUUAUUGAAGAAGCAAAAUAUGGAUAUAUUUACACCAAAAUAUUGUUUUUAAUAAAUAUUUUUUACACAAGCAUACACCACGAGCAUUUGUUGUCGUCUUCCCACUAACUUAUUAUUUUCUUUAAAAAUUCACCUUUGUCUUAUAUUUGAUAAUAAACA